AUGCGCUGGCACUCGUUUCAUGGUGAACAUGGUCAGGUCCCCGCUCUUCGUUUGCAAUGGUAUAAAAGGCAGCGUAUUUUGUGCCUCAAUAUUUUCAUCCCCUUCGUUCCUUCUUCCAUGUCCUACGCCUACCAGCAGUCCCAAAACGGCCAGCGUUACUCAAUGAUGACGACGAGCGACUACGAGAACACCUUCGAAAUGGAUAUAUCGUCCCAGGACUACAACUCGGCACCGUUCACUCAAAUUCCCCGACAAAACUCAUCCGACUCCUUCGACUCCAGCCAGCCUGCGGCUCCCUCUUUGGCAUCGACUCUCAUCCAUGUAGUCAACCCGAUUGACUUUGUGGAAUCCAUUUCGGCCACACUGGAGCUUAGCCUUGAGAACAAGGCUGAAUUGCAUCGUUUACGAGCAUCGUUGGACCUUCCUCAUAGCGAGCUCAUCCCCAUCCUCUUCUCGGCAGCACACAACCUCUUCAACGUGCAAAUGGCAUUGGCCAAUGCUGCUGCGAUUGCAGAGCUCAAGGCGGAGAUUCUUCAAUUGCGGAAAACACUCCACCAGGUGGCCUUGACACAGGACCAGAAGGACGAAGUCAUUGCAGCAGUGAAGCUCGUCGUUUUUGAUCCAAAACGGCAACUAUUCGACAAUGACAGCCUUAUUACCUCCACUAUCGCCAGCCUCAAAAAGAACAAAGCCACUAACGGCUUCUACGACAUUUUCAACGACUACAGCGCUCCGCGUGCUCGUAUACUUCAAAAGGACAUACGAACACAUGCUUCCUAUGCAAAGAACUCUCUGUUGAAACAUAUCGGGGAGAGCAUCAACCAAAGCUUGACCACAGCAACGCGUGGCGCCGCCAAGAAGAUGGGACUUGAGUCCACCAAGAUCGCCAACAAACACCUACUCCGGAUGAUUCUCUAUCGGGACUUUGCGCGACUCAAUCCUAAACUCCUACAUGAAGACAGCAACAAGUUUCAGUCUACCGACUCCUCCACUAACAUAAGCAACACCGCCAAGCCUCGGAAGACGGACCAGUCGUUCUGGGGUCUUUUCAGCGGCCAUGUCGGCAAUCUGGUGAAAGAUUUUGGGACGGAAACAAGCAGCGAUGAGUGGAAAAAGUAUUUCAUGGUGCGUGUCAAGAAAGAAGAAGAGCUUCAUCCCGAAGACCCCAUCGAUGGCCUGCGAGAAUACAAGGCGCGCACGCCUCUCACUCAAGCCGGUCCCUCGGCUGGUCCACAAGUCGGCGCACAGCCUGAAGCUCGCCACAUUCGACCACUCCCACGACGUCUCGACGGCAUGUCUGUUCCCGCGCCGUCGACUUCGGCACUACAGGGCAAUAACCAAGGCAUGUGGUUUUCACUCGGAUGUGUCUUCAGGCUGAAGAGCUCCAAGGUUUCGGUGCCAACACAGCAUCCCACUUCAGUUCCAGCCAGCUCCCCCCUCUGCGCGGCAGUCAUAUGCAUGCGGAUACCACUUUGCCUAGCAUCAGCCAGUUGGGAUAUGGAACUGCUCCGGCAUUCCAAGGUGCACAUGGUAAUCAGGGAGGCUCAUAUCGGGGAUGACUAG